AUAACAAAUGAAAACGAACCGAAACUACAAGAUGAUCUUGAAGAUUUUGCCAAUAAGUUAGUAAAGUUUGGAGAGAAACAAAAGUCCUUGAGUGAAAAAAUUCGAAACGAAGAGAACAAGGCUUGUAAAAUUGCUCUUGAAAUUAGUAAUCUAGAUAUUGAUCUUGAACAACAAAGAAGGAAGAUAGAGACGUUUAUCCUUAAG